UGCUAAGGUCGGCUUCGCUUGUGAAAUUUGCAAAACAAAUUAACUUAUUUUUGAAGAAAUACAUUGUUUAUAUACGAUAUUAUCAUGCCGAUUGCAAGUCUUACCACGGGCGUGAUUGCACGCAUUAUGCAUGGCGAGGAUGUUGCCCAGCCGGUGUUGCAAGUUUUGGGCAUCAAGAGAAUCAACACCAAUUCAGAGCAGGAACGCUAUCGCCUGCUUAUGUCCGAUGGCAAGUACUAUAAUAGUUAUGCCAUGUUGGCCAGUCAGCUGAAUGAAAUGCAACAGAAAGGCAUGCUCAGCGAGAAUACCAUAGUGCGUCUGGACAAGUACAUGACCUCAAUGGUGGGUAAGGAGGGUACUGGCAAGCGUGUGUUGAUUGUCACUGAGCUCACAGUGCUGAAUUCAGGAGAUGAGGUGAAGUCAAAGAUUGGUGAGCCUGUGACCUAUGAAAAUGCAGCCAAGCCAGCUGCUGAAGCUACACCAGCAGCUGUUAGUGCGCCUCCGAAAAAGGAGCCCAUGUAUAACAACAAUAGCAGUAACAAUAACAACAAUAACAAUGACAAAAUGAACGGCACCAUGAACAGCACACUUAAUGCUGGACUUACUCAUCCCAUUGCCAGUCUCAGUCCGUAUCAGAAUAAAUGGGUUAUUAAGGCACGCGUUACGGCCAAGACAGCCAUACGCACCUGGAGCAAUGCACGCGGCGAGGGCAAGCUCUUUAGCAUGGAUCUAAUGGAUGAGUCGGGGGAGAUUCGCGCCACAGCAUUUAAGGAGCAAUGCGACAAGUUCUAUGAUCUCAUCGAAGUUGACAAUGUCUACUUUUUCUCCAAGUGUCAGCUCAAGCCGGCUAACAAGCAGUUUUCGCAGCUGAAGAAUGACUAUGAGAUGACUUUCACUGGUGAAACUAUGGUGCAGUUAUGCGAGGAUGCCGAGAAUGAAGGCAUACCCGAGGUCAAGUUUGAUUUAGUGCCUAUUUCCCAAGUGGCCAGCAUGGAGGAUAAAGCAACAGUGGACACCAUUGGCAUUUGCAAAGAUGUGGGCGAGCUGCAGACUUUUACUUCUCGAACCACCAACAAGGAGUUUAAGAAACGCGAUCUUACACUGGUCGACAUGAGCAACUCGGCGAUAACUCUAACGCUUUGGGGCGAUGAAGCUGUCAAUUUUGAUGGUCAUGUGCAGCCAGUGUUGAUGGUAAAGAAUGGGCGCAUUAAUGAAUUCAAUGGUGGCAAGAGUCUUAGCAUGGGCGGUGGCUCACGCGUAAAACUUAACCCUGAUAUACCGGAGGCACACAAGCUGCGCGGCUGGUUCGACAAUGGCGGUGGUGAUAACAUAAGCAACUCGGUGUCGGCACGCACUGGCGGCGGCAGCUUCAGCACCGAUUGGAUUACCCUUAAGGAGGCGCGCAUGCGUAAUCUAGGCUCAGGCGACAAGCCCGACUACUUCCAAUGCAAGGCUGUCGUGCACAUAGUCAAACAGGAGAAUUCUUUUUACAAGGCCUGUCCGCAGUCCGAGUGCAACAAGAAGGUCGUCGAUGAGGGAAAUGGUCAAUAUCGCUGCGAGCGCUGCAACGCAGCCUAUCCAAACUUCAAAUAUCGUUUGCUUGUGAAUAUGAGCAUUGGUGAUUGGACCUCAAAUCGUUGGGUUACCUGCUUCAAUGAGGCUGGCGAGCAACUGCUCAAGCAUACAGCUCAAGAAGUUGGCGAUGCUCUCGAAAAUGAUCAAGCUGCUGCUGAGAAAAUAUUUUCCGAUAUUAACUUUUCAUCGUUCAUCUUUAAACUGCGCUGCAAGAAUGAAAUGUACGGCGACAUGACGCGCAAUAAGCUCAAUGUGCAAUCCUUGGCGCCAAUUAAUUACAAAGAGUACAACAAGCAUUUGAUCAAGGAGCUGAAGGAAAUGACUGGCAUUGGACCAGCUAAUUAAACUGGCUUAGCGCAGUGCGCGCGCCCUAUAUUAAGCUCCUACGCAUUAAGAAUUCCCUAUAGUUAAGUUAUUAUAUGUAUACACCAGAUUAUCCACAGAUUAUUAAACUCC